GCGGGGCGGGCGCGCACUCGGGCUUGGCGGCUGCCGGUCUCCCAGGCCGCGGCAGUGAGGAGAGAGGGCGGGGCUGAGUCCUCUGCGCCCCCGCCCCCUUUAGCCCGGUGUCCCUACCGCGCCUGCGCGCUCCCGCCCGGUCUCCAUCUUGGAAUUGGGAGGAAGAGGGAGAGGGAGACCGGGACGAGACCGGGGCUGUGGUGCGGAGAGAGGCUGAGACGGAGAAGAGGAGAGGCAGAGAGGGCGCGGGGACCGUCAGCAGCGCCUUAGCUACAAUCGUUCAGCUAUUCUCGGAAGAGAGAAGGGAGAGGGAGGAGGCCGGGGCGGGAGUGGGGGCUGUCACCCUCGGACCCCGGCGUGAGAGGGGCCGUGCGGCCGGACGUCCUCGGGGUGGGCGCCCAGUCGGUGGCCGAAGACCUACAGCUCAGGCCCCUGGGUCCCAAAUUUCCAGGCUUUGCCCCUCCUCCCUUCUCAGAUACCCGGGUAACAGUCCUCAUAGUCCAGAUAUCCGGGACUCGGGUCCCAACCUCUCUAAACCUGGGUCUCUGUUUCAUAGAAUUUCAAAUAUCAGGUUCAGGCCCCUGCGUGCACCAGUAUCCGGGGUUCAUUCCCCGGGCGUUCAAAUAUCGGAUUCAGUCUCCAUCCCGUUCAGAUAUUCGGGGUUCAGACCCUACAAUCAGAAAUCCGGAAUUCGGCAGCUGUCGCCCUCGACGAGGGGGAGGACUGGACCGCGAGGUCAGAUUAGGUUGUCACCCCCUCCCCUCCAGGGGAGGCUUCCCGGGCCCGCCCCUCAGGAAGGGCGAAAGCCGAGGAAGAGGUGGCAAGGGGAAAGGUCUCCUUGCCCCUCUCCCUGCUUGGCAGAGCCGCUGGAGGACCCCAGGCGGAAGCGGAGGCGCUGGGGCACCAUAGUGACCCCUACCAGGCCAGGCCCCACUCUCAGGGCCCCCAGGGGCCACCAUGCCAGCUGGGGGCCGGGCCGGGAGCCUGAAGGACCCAGAUGUGGCUGAGCUCUUCUUCAAGGAUGACCCAGAAAAGCUCUUCUCUGACCUCCGGGAAAUUGGCCAUGGCAGCUUUGGAGCCGUAUACUUUGCCCGGGAUGUCCGGAAUAGUGAGGUGGUGGCCAUCAAGAAGAUGUCCUACAGUGGGAAGCAGUCCAAUGAGAAAUGGCAAGACAUCAUCAAGGAGGUGCGGUUCUUACAGAAGCUCCGGCAUCCCAACACCAUUCAGUACCGGGGCUGUUACCUGAGGGAGCACACGGCUUGGCUGGUAAUGGAGUAUUGCCUGGGCUCAGCGUCUGACCUUCUAGAAGUGCACAAGAAACCCCUUCAGGAGGUAGAGAUCGCAGCUGUGACCCACGGGGCGCUUCAGGGCCUGGCAUAUCUGCACUCCCACAACAUGAUCCAUAGGGAUGUGAAGGCUGGAAACAUCCUGCUGUCAGAGCCAGGGUUAGUGAAGCUAGGGGACUUUGGUUCUGCGUCCAUCAUGGCACCUGCCAACUCCUUCGUGGGCACCCCAUACUGGAUGGCACCCGAGGUGAUCCUGGCCAUGGAUGAGGGGCAGUACGACGGCAAAGUGGACGUCUGGUCCUUGGGGAUAACCUGCAUCGAGCUGGCUGAACGGAAACCACCGCUCUUUAACAUGAAUGCGAUGAGUGCCUUAUACCACAUUGCACAGAACGAAUCCCCCGUGCUCCAGUCAGGACACUGGUCUGAGUACUUCCGGAAUUUUGUCGACUCCUGUCUUCAGAAAAUCCCUCAAGACAGACCAACCUCAGAGGUUCUCCUGAAGCACCGCUUUGUGCUCCGGGAGCGGCCACCCACAGUCAUCAUGGACCUGAUCCAGAGGACCAAGGAUGCCGUGCGGGAGCUGGACAACCUGCAGUACCGCAAGAUGAAGAAGAUCCUGUUCCAAGAAGCACCCAACGGCCCUGGUGCCGAGGCCCCAGAGGAGGAAGAGGAGGCCGAGCCCUACAUGCACCGGGCCGGGACUCUGACCAGCCUCGAGAGUAGCCACUCAGUGCCCAGCAUGUCCAUCAGCGCCUCCAGCCAGAGCAGCUCCGUCAACAGCCUAGCAGAUGCCUCAGACAACGAGGAAGAGGAGGAGGAGGAGGAGGAAGAGGAGGAGGAGGAAGAAGGCCCCGAAGCCCGGGAGAUGGCCAUGAUGCAGGAGGGGGAGCACACAGUCACCUCUCACAGCUCCAUUAUCCACCGGCUGCCGGGCUCUGACAACCUAUAUGAUGACCCCUACCAGCCAGAGAUAACCCCCAGCCCUCUCCAGCCGCCUGCAGCCCCAGCUCCCACUUCCACCACCUCUUCUGCCCGCCGCCGGGCCUACUGCCGUAACCGGGACCACUUUGCCACCAUCCGAACCGCCUCCCUGGUCAGCCGUCAGAUCCAGGAGCAUGAGCAGGACUCUGCGCUGCGGGAGCAGCUGAGCGGCUAUAAGCGGAUGCGACGACAGCACCAGAAGCAGCUGCUGGCCCUGGAGUCACGGCUGAGGGGUGAACGGGAGGAGCACAGUGCACGGCUGCAGCGGGAGCUUGAGGCGCAGCGGGCUGGCUUUGGGGCAGAGGCAGAAAAGCUGGCCCGGCGGCACCAGGCCAUAGGUGAGAAGGAGGCACGAGCUGCCCAGGCCGAGGAGCGGAAGUUCCAGCAGCACAUCCUUGGGCAGCAGAAGAAGGAGCUGGCCGCCCUGCUGGAGGCACAGAAGCGGACCUACAAACUUCGCAAGGAACAGCUGAAGGAGGAGCUCCAGGAGAACCCCAGCACUCCCAAGCGGGAGAAGGCCGAGUGGCUGCUGCGGCAGAAGGAGCAGCUCCAGCAGUGCCAGGCGGAGGAGGAAGCAGGGCUGCUGCGGCGGCAGCGCCAGUACUUUGAGCUGCAGUGUCGCCAGUACAAGCGCAAGAUGUUGCUGGCUCGGCACAGCCUGGACCAGGACCUGCUGCGGGAGGACCUGAACAAGAAGCAGACCCAGAAGGACUUGGAGUGUGCACUGCUGCUUCGGCAGCACGAGGCCACGCGGGAGCUGGAGCUGCGGCAGCUCCAGGCCGUGCAGCGCACGCGGGCUGAGCUCACCCGCCUGCAGCACCAGACGGAGCUGGGCAACCAGCUGGAGUACAACAAGCGGCGUGAGCAAGAGUUGCGGCAGAAGCAUGCGGCCCAGGUUCGCCAGCAGCCCAAGAGCCUCAAAGUACGUGCAGGCCAGCGCCCCCCGGGCCUUCCACUCCCCAUUCCUGGGGCUCUGGGCCCACCCAACACAGGCACCCCUAUAGAACAGCAGCCCUGCUCACCUGGCCAGGAGGCAGUCCUGGACCAAAGAAUGCUUGGCGAGGAGGAGGAAGCAGUUGGAGAGAGAAGGAUUCUGGGAAAGGAAGGGGCCACUUUGGAGCCCAAGCAGCAGAGGAUUCUGGGGGAAGAAUCAGGAGCCCCUAGUCCCAGUCCACAAAAACAUGGGAGCCUGGUUGAUGAGGAAGUUUGGGGUCUGCCUGAGGAGAUAGAGGAGCUUAGGGUGCCCUCCCUUGUACCCCAGGAGAGGAGCAUUGUUGGCCAGGAGGAGGCUGGGACGUGGAGCUUGUGGGGGAAGGAGGAUGGGAGUCUUCUGGAUGAGGAGUUUGAGCUUGGCUGGGUCCAGGGCCCAGCACUGACUCCCGUCCCCGAGGAGGAGGAAGAAGAGGAAGAGGGGGCUCCGAUUGGGACCCCUAGGGAUCCUGGAGAUGGUUGUCCUUCCCCCGACAUCCCUCCUGAACCCCCUCCAACACACCUGAGGCCCUGCCCUGCCAGCCAGCUCCCUGGACUCCUGUCCCAUGGCCUCCUGGCCGGCCUCUCCUUUGCAGUGGGGUCCUCCUCUGGCCUCCUGCCCCUCCUGCUGCUGCUGCUGCUUCCAUUGCUGGCAGCCCAGGGUGGGGGUGGCCUGCAGGCAGCGCUGCUGGCCCUUGAGGUGGGGCUGGUGGGUCUGGGGGCCUCCUACCUGCUCCUUUGUACAGCCCUGCACCUGCCCUCCAGUCUUUUCCUACUCCUGGCCCAGGGUACCGCACUGGGGGCCGUCCUGGGCCUGAGCUGGCGCCGAGGCCUCAUGGGUGUUCCCCUGGGCCUUGGAGCUGCCUGGCUCUUAGCUUGGCCAGGCCUAGCUCUACCUCUGGUGGCUAUGGCAGCGGGGGGCAGAUGGGUGCGGCAGCAGGGCCCCCGGGUGCGCCGGGGCAUAUCUCGACUCUGGUUGCGGGUUCUGCUGCGCCUGUCACCCAUGGCCUUCCGGGCCCUGCAGGGCUGUGGGGCUGUGGGGGACCGGGGUCUGUUUGCACUGUACCCCAAAACCAACAAGGAUGGCUUCCGCAGCCGCCUGCCCGUCCCUGGGCCCCGGCGGCGUAAUCCCCGCACCACCCAACACCCAUUAGCCCUGUUGGCAAGGGUCUGGGUCCUGUGCAAGGGCUGGAACUGGCGUCUGGCACGGGCCAGCCAGGGUUUAGCAUCCCACUUGCCCCCGUGGGCCAUCCACACACUGGCCAGCUGGGGCCUGCUUCGGGGUGAACGGCCCACCCGAAUCCCCCGGCUACUACCACGCAGCCAGCGCCAGCUAGGGCCCCCUGCCUCCCGCCAGCCACUGCCAGGGACUCUAGCCGGGCGGAGGUCACGUACCCGCCAGUCGCGGGCCCUGCCCCCCUGGAGGUAGCUGACUCCAGCCCUUCCAGCCCAAAUCUAGAGCAUUGAGCACUUUAUCUCCCAUGACUCAGUGAAGUUUCUCCAGUCCCUAGUCCUCUCUUUUCACUCACCUUCCUCAGUUUGCUCACUUACCCCAGGCCCAGCCCUUCGGACCUCUAGACAGGCAGCCUCCUCAGCCGUGGAGUCCAGCAGUCACUCUGUGUUCUCCUGGCGCUCCUCCCCUAAGUUAUUGCUGUUCGCCCGCUGUGUGUGCUCAUCCUCACCCUCAUUGACUCAGGCCUGGGGCCAGGGGUGGUGGAGGGUGGGAAGAGUCAUGUUUUUUUUCUCCUUUUUGAUUUUGUUUUUCUGUCUCCCUUCCAACCUGUCCCCUUCCCCCCACCAAAAAAAGAAAAAGACAAACACAAAUAAAAUAUCUGAGCGGAACUGUG